UUUAUAUGAAAUUGAAAAAAUGUUCUGCCACUUUCCAUGGGUCAAAAAUUGUUCACUUGCAUACCACAGAGUUUCUGCAGUAUCUUCAAACUUUCGUAUGAAUGUUUUUCUUGUGAAAAUUAAUAAGUAAUCGCGAAAGCUACUUCCUUCCGUUAGAUAUGCAGACAAACAAGUGGAAAUAAUAACAUUCCUAUCGAUUGUUUCAUGUGUUGCUGCUUGCUUGCUUCGUCAUAAAUGAGGAAAAAAAAUGUGUUUAUUUUUGUGAGCUGUUACAGUUGCCAUGGUUCCACAGCGUUGCUGUGUACGGGUCUCAUAAGGUUCUGUAACAUCUGGGGUGCGAGAGAGAGAGUUGUGAUACGUGGAAAAAGUUUAUUUUCGUUGAAUUUCGUGUUGCCGAAGGUUUAUUGAAACGAUGGCCGAGUCGUGCGUGGUGGAAUUAGAUACUAAAUAUGUUAGCGACGACGAAACUUGUCUGUCCGACGAUUUGGACGUGAGUGUGGCAAAUAUGAACAGAAUCGAGGAAAACAAGGAAAUCGAGAAAACACUUGAUACGGAGAACGAAGAAUCUUGCACUACUACCGGUGACAUACAAAACGAUGAAAUAGUGUCCGACGACGAAUACAAUUACAGCGACGAUUCCGUAUGCUCGGAUGAUUCCUGCAGGGACUCGGAAGUAACAAACGUCACACCUCGAUCAUCGCUGCAAGCUAGUUCCCCAUUGAAUCGAACAAUAAGCCAGGAAUAUCCGAUGGCCCGGAUAAAAAAUAUGAAUCGUGACGAACAGAGCGAUUAUCCACGACAAUUUUCCGUUAACAUUCGUGACAAUGUUCGCAGAAUGUGUUCCUCGGCAAACGACAAUAGAUACUGUAACAGGAACGUUGUUAAUUUUGAUUCUACCAAUUCUCGUCCUAAAAGAAGAAACAUGAGUUUCACAAACGCCGAAAUGCGACGGAUCGAGGUAGAGAAUCAGUAUCUUCUUAAAAAAAUAAUGGCACAACAGAAGCCACAGAACAAACCAAUCAGAACGCAGUCGGCUCAGCCGAGAAUGAGCAGUUCGGCUAUCAAUCGAAAAAAACUGCAAAAACGAAUCGAACAGGAAAACAUGAUGCUGCUACGAAGAAUUCAAGGAGCGAAAUCUUGCGCGGUAUCCAGCAACGUUAUUCCGGGCUAUCGACUGACCUCACUGUAAAAGCACGAUUUAUACUAUUUUGAAAUUGAAUUUUUUGAGAUAAUGGCACUGCCAUACAUACCCGACGUGUGAAAGCUCUGUAUCCUGAAGAACGAACUUUAUAGAAAUAUAGUUAUUUUGAGUCAA